CUUGAUACGUUUCCAAGAGGCGUAGAAUAUCAAAAGAUUAAACGAAAGAGUUUGAUGUACGAUGUUUAAGUAUAACGGCAUCUCGAUUAGACGUAUGCUCUCUCCUCGUCAAGCAAUUAUGGGAACCCAUGAAUCGUCUUUUAUCCAUUUACAUCAUCCCGGCGCAUCAAUACGGUUUCUGUUAAAAUGGCGAAGUCUCUAACUAGCAUUGCAUGCAUCACUAUGACGUGAAAACGAUGGGGUCCCCCCUUAUUGAAAAUUCAACGGGGGCGGCUAUAUAGAUUAGAUAGUAGGAAAUGGUAUCAUGUUUUUCAAUUAUUAGAAUUCUCUGACCAAUAAUUCGAGAUCUGCUGCAGCAAAAAUAAGCAAAAUCCGACUUACAAAUACCUAUCAAUUCGCAAUCAUGUCGACCGGUGGCACAGGCGGGAACCCGAUCCCCGGAUUUCAUUACGGAGGAAAGGCGGGACAGCAAAACGUCGAUGUAUCCGACGAUCCGGACCCUAAGGGGACGGCAGCCGGAUACGUCCCGGACCAGAACCAGGGCAAAUCCCUUCUCGGCAGCAUCAAGAACGUCCUCAAGCCAGGCGACUCCAAGAAGCAGCAGCAGCAGCAAGGCUCGGGAUUACGAGACGACUUCACCCACGACGGGCGACACGGCGGCGUUGAAGAGACGAUGAUCCCGGGACGCCGGGAUUAUGAUGAAUCGCGUGAAGGCCAGCAGAACUACCGAGACGCCGUCCGGACAGACGGCGGCGGCAGCGUGCUGGAGUCCAUCAUGCCGGGGAAGAGCCACAGCAACAAGGAACGGAGAGGUAUCUUCGGGUCCUUGAAAUCCUCCGCCGAUAACACACCCGACGUGCCGGAAACGCUGAAGAAGCCUGCGGGAGGUGGCGACCCCGGAAGUGUUGGGCAGAACAUACAUAGCAGCGGUGAUAGGGGUAACGAUUCGGGUCUGAAAAACAGCGGAGAUCUUCUAGGAAAACAGGAGAGACACUCCAAGUUCGACAAAUCCCCCGCCACGGAGAAUUACGCAGGCCCGGAGCCAGACUCGGACUCGGCAACUAAAGCCUCAGCAUCCGACAGCCAAGGUUCCGCCGGCCAUCAGUCCUCGUCCGAAGGCGCGAUCAGUGGUACAAUACAUAAGAUCGCCGGUCUAUUCUCGAAGGAGGGUGCAGUUGGGCGCCAGUUCACCGAUAAAGGGGCUGUUGGUGGAACCGUCCGAGAUACUAUGGGCCACGGGGACAAGACUAGGAAGGGAGAAUAGGUUAUUGACGUUUUGACGUGUGAGAAUAUACUAAUGCU